GCCGUGCCCAUCUACCGCCACGCUCAUCAUUGCGGCUCCUCCCCUCAUCGCAUUCCACCCUCGCAGAACCGCGCCCGAAACCCUUGCGCCCACCACCGCCGCCUCCCACCCGAAGUCCGCUUCGCCGGUGCGCGCUCGUAGUUGAGGGAACUGCUGCUUCUGCGAACACCCAUCGGCCAUGGCGACCCGUAUUCAGUUUGAGAACAAUUGUGAAGUUGGUGUUUUUUCCAAGCUAACAAAUGCCUACUGUCUGGUAGCAAUUGGAGGGUCAGAGAACUUCUACAGUGCAUUUGAGGCUGAGCUUGCAGAUUCCAUUCCCGUGGUCAAGACCUCUAUAGGUGGCACCAGAAUAAUCGGUCGACUCUGUGUUGGAAACAAGAAUGGACUUCUAUUGCCACAUACCACCACUGACCAAGAGCUUCAGCAUCUGAGGAACUGCUUGCCUGAUCAAGUGGUUGUACAGCGUAUUGAUGAGAGGUUAUCAGCCCUUGGCAAUUGCAUAGCCUGCAAUGAUCAUGUUGCGCUUACACACCCUGACCUUGACAAGGAAACGGAGGAGUUUAUUGCAGAUGUGCUUGGAGUUGAGGUAUUCAGGCAGACUAUUGCUGGAAAUAUCCUUGUGGGGAGCUACUGUGCAUUCUCUAACAGGGGUGGCUUGGUUCAUCCUCACACAUCCAUUGAAGACCUUGAUGAGCUCUCCACGCUCUUGCAAGUCCCGCUCGUGGCUGGAACCGUGAACAGAGGCAGCGAGGUUAUUGCUGCAGGAAUGACUGUGAAUGACUGGACAGCAUUCUGUGGCUCAGACACGACGGCCACCGAGCUCUCGGUCAUUGAGAGCGUCUUCAAGCUGAGAGAAGGGCAGCCCACAGCGAUUGUCGAUGACAUGAGGAAGUCUCUGAUCGACAGUUAUGUGUAACUGAGGCCCGGAAGAUGUGGAUCUCAAGUAUUACCUGUGCCAAGAUGCACUGCGAGCUAUACUUUGUGUUAUCUGUAGUAAAACCAAAGCGUGCCCUCUGACAAGCUACGUUUGGUGGUUUAUCCUUGGUGUCUGAAUCUUAGACUCGAUGUUUUACCAUGUUCCUUUAAUGCUCAUGGUAUGCUAGUAAGAAGAUAACGCUUCUGUUUUUCGUUAUAUGAUGUUUCAGCAUGGAGUUAUGGACACAUAUGGCACAUCUUUUGUUUAGCAAUAUGGGAAGUAAGAAUUUUGGUUA